GGCAGUUUGUACAGCGCCGAGCACAGCCAGGGCCUGCUGGCGCCGCAAUCCCCAUUUCAAACCCCCCUUCCCCCCCAGCCGCUGCCGCGGCCCCUUUCCCGAGCGGGGGUCACGGCCCGGGGAUAAGCGGCGCAGGGCGGGGCUCUGAGCGAGGCGGGAAGCGCCGUGACGGGUUAGGGGAGCCCCGCGGCUGGGCACCGCCCCCCCCCCGAAACUCGCCCCCUCAGAGAAGUUCCGGCCCGGCCCCCUCCGCUCCCUGACCCGAGCGCGGCGCGGGGCGGGGCUCGCCGCGGGCAUGGCGGGGGCGCGCGGGGGCAGGGCCGGGCUCGCCGCUCCUGGCCGGAUCCCGGGCCCGUGAGCCAGGCGGCGGGGCCGGGCAGGGGGCAGGGGGCGGGCGCUGUGGGCAUGAGGAGCCCGAGGAGAGCCUGGCUCUCCCCCAGGGCUUAGAGAAAUGCCCGAGGCUCUGCCCUGAGGAGACCGAGCAGCGUCCAUUGCCGGAGCCGGGGGCAGGCCCAGGCUCCCCGAUGGGUUUGCCGGGGGAUCAGUCUGUUCCUGGACGGAUUCUAACCCCGCGCCUGGCGGCGCCUGGCCGAGAGCAAUGCCUUGCUGCGCUCCUCUCCGUGCCUGAAUCCAGCCGCUUGGGUGGGAGCCGGGGUGCAGGAGACGUGUUUUUGUGAGCUGCAAACCACGCUGCCGCCAAGCUUGUGCUGGAAGUGGCGAGUGUUGCAUGGGACGAUGUACACUUUUGUGGUACGAGAUGAGAACAGCAGCAUCUAUGCUGAAGUGUCCAAAAUACUCCUGUCCACCGGACAAUGGAAGAGGCUGAAAAGAGACAAUCCCCGAUUUAACCUGAUGCUGGGGGAGAGGAACAGACUGCCCUUCGGGAGACUGGGUCAUGAACCUGGACUUGUGCAGCUGGUAAAUUACUACAGGGGAGCUGACAAGCUUUGUCGCAAAGCUUCCUUAGUGAAGCUAAUCAAGACGAGCCCUGAGUUAUCAGAAUCCUGCACAUGGUUCCCAGAAUCAUAUAUGAUUUAUCCAACUAACCUAAAGACUCCAGUGGCUCCAGCGCAGAAUGGAAUUCGCCAUCUUAUAAACAACUCCAGGACGGAUGAAAGGGAAGUGUUCCUGGCCUCCUACAACAAGAGAAAGGAGAGUGGGGAGGGGAACGUGUGGAUAGCCAAAUCCUCGGCCGGUGCCAAAGGUGAAGGAAUUCUUAUUUCUUCAGAGGCUACUGAACUUCUGAACUUUAUAGAUGAUCAAGGACAAGUGCAUGUGAUUCAGAAAUACCUUGAAAAGCCUAUGCUGUUAGAGCCAGGCCAUCGCAAGUUUGAUAUUAGAAGCUGGGUUCUAGUGGACCACCAAUAUAAUAUCUACCUCUACAGAGAAGGCGUUCUGCGGACCUCUUCAGAACCAUACAAUAGUGCUAAUUUCCAAGACAAAACCUGCCAUUUGACCAAUCACUGCAUACAGAAGGAAUAUUCUAAAAACUAUGGGAAGUAUGAAGAAGGGAACGAAAUGUUCUUUGAGGAGUUCAAUCAGUAUCUGAUGAGUUCUUUGAACAUUACACUGGAAAGUAGCCUGUUAUUGCAGAUCAAACAAAUAAUAAGAAGCUGCCUUAUGUGUAUAGAGCCUGCAAUCAGCACCAAACACCUUCACUACCAGAGUUUCCAGCUCUUCGGCUUUGACUUCAUGGUAGAUGAGGAACUGAAGGUCUGGCUAAUCGAAGUCAAUGGGGCCCCUGCCUGUGCACAGAAACUUUAUGCAGAACUUUGCCAAGGUAUAGUGGAUGUAGCCAUCUCUAGUGUCUUUCCCCUCAGUGACAUAGUGCAAAAGCAGAGCCAGCCAUCAAUAUUUAUGAAGCUGUGAUGACAACAUGACCAUCUUAGCGACACACAUGGAAGAGCUGCCGUGUAUCGAUUCUGAGGGAAGGCUCUUGGAUCACUGACUUUAGUAUCAUGCCAAAAAGGAGGAGAAAGAGACAACUUUUUGGAAAUUCACGAGGAAAAUAUAAAUAAAAGAAGGCUUCCAAGGAGAGUCCAGGAUGAGCCAAAGUUGUUCAGACAACUCUGCCUGUGUUUCACCAAACUUUGCUUUGGAAACAGCUCAUGUGACUUUAAUAACUGAAGCAAAUCUCUCUGGGAGAACAGCAAAAUAAUGUUUAAAAAAAACCAGGGAUACAAUAAUAUUGUAUUAUCUCGUCCUUUUCUAAAAAGAAACCUUUUUUCCUUUUUUUUGUUUUGUUUUGUUUUUUAAUAAGUCAAUUUAAUGAAGAGUACCAUCGAUGUGGGUUUCUUGGUUCAUCACCUGCUGCAGUUUUAGUGCCUUAGCUCAGUCCCCAAUAGGUAACUCCUUUUUGUUCCUGCUCCAUUUGUGUAGAGGUGAAAAGCGGUCUUAUUUUGUGGGAUGUGUAAACGAAGAAAAAAUGAAUUUAAAGUCGGUUUUAAAAUCAGCUAGCGAAACACCCAGUAACAAUAUGGCAAAAGUGGCACUACUGAAGGUACUGUAUCUAGUGCGAUGAAGUAGCCUAGGGGUUGAAGGAGGUUUUACUUACUUGUAUCCAUUGUCUAAUGAGAUCUGAAUCGGUUGUCCGUCAGUCUGAUGCAGUUGGAACCCCUAGAAAACAAAUACUGAGCCCCUCUCCCACUGAUCUGCAGUUUUUAGGGAGUCCAGGUUGACACUCUUGUUGAGCCCAUUGCUGUAACAGAGUCUGACUUUCUUGGAAGGCUUGUUCAGAGGGGCAUUCAAAUGAUCUUAGUUCAGCUCUUUUUUCAGCUUUUAUGCUUUGAAUCCCUUCAUUUUUGUUAACCAAAAGAACGCCAAGGGACCUUGGCAGCCUCUUGAAGAGCUGCUUAUGUACAUCUUUUAACUCUCCAUCUUAUUGUAAUGGCUCGGAGGGUUGAAAAUAAAAGCCUUUCAACCCAACCAGUUUUCUCUCUCCCCAUUGGCCUCACAUGGCAUUUUUCAGCACUUACGAGUCAGCCCCACCAAAACAUGGCUGUGCUUUUUACCCCAAGCAUCAUCAGCCAGUAGAAAUAGGCUCACCUCUUGGGGAAAGCAUUUGAUGAUCAGCUGGUGCUGCUGUAGAACAGCAGGGAAACUCUUGUUGCAUAUUGCGUUGUUAUAUUGUGAUAACCUUUUAAAAAAAAAAUGUUAGGUCAGUGAAUGUAGAAACUCACAUUUUUUAAGUAUAACCUAAAUAGUUAUGUGAAAUCCUGGGAACAUUCCCCACAUCAUAAACAGCCCCUUUAAGUUACAAUUUUUAACCUAAAUAGGUUGGCUGUGUCUCUUGUAGAACACAGUGGGGUCCCUAGUAGCAAACUGGGUACUAUAGAUCGUAAGUGUGUUCCGUAUUGCAAUACAGUGUGUUGGGAAUUUUCAGUAGGAAUAGAGAGGUCGAAUUUUAAAUUUAAUCUUAGUGCUUAAGAAGUAAUAGUCUGUGUCUGCAAAUGACUAAUGCUAACAAGAUCCCCUUUUUUAAGGAAACCAGUAAGAUUUCUAUAAGCUAUUAUGCAUUUUCAAUACUGAGAUGCUGCAGUUCUCCUACAUGCAUUGCAUGUUGCAUCCUAGCAUAUUUUAGUUCUAUGAUUAGAUUUUUUUUCUACAUAUUUUAAAAGGUCAGUGAAAUGCGGCAGCUUCCUAACAAACAAGUGUGCAUGACUGAGCAAGAAGCAGAAUCUGAUACGGAAAGGCAUGAGAGAAUUGUUUAGAGGAAGGAUUUCUCUUGUGUGGUGCAUGCUCCACACAGGACACUGUUGAGGAACACUGACAUCUGCACCUGAAUCAAAUCCAGCAAGAGUUCUGGCUCUGCUGGUCGGAACAGAACUACGUUCUGUUGUCUCUGACAGUUGCUUUGGGUUGAGGAUACUUACAUUAAUGACGGUGACCCAAGCUAAAGAAAAGUGGCUCCUGCUACAAAAAAAACGCCACCUUUAGGAGGUUCCAAGCUUCUGAUUGGCUGAGUUUAAUAAGCAUUGAGUUAAGUAGUAUAAUUUUUCCCUCCAGUGACAUGUCUGAGCACUCUUACACACUUACUUCGACUUAGGGCUGAGAUUUCCCAUCUCUGAAUUGUUACCAGUGUAGAGCUCUGUGAAUGAAUGAACCUGUCCUACUUUGCCAAGUCACUGGUGUUCGUAAAUCUUGGCUCUAUAGCAAAGGGAGAGACAGAAGCAUUUCUGUGAGGUGUACGGAACUUUAAAUCUCAUUGCUAGAGCACACUGGGGAAGUUUCUGUUCCAUACCUUAAUUAUUUCGAUCCAGAACAGCUAGAUUUGGGGACAGACUCAGCCACUCAGCUUAAAAGUUUGUCUAUUUGAAAACUUUGGCCAGGUGGCUGUCAGAUUGUCCCCCGCAUCCCUUCUGCCAAAGGGCUUCAUGCUCUUGCUGGCUUCAUUUAUUUACAGCAAGUAAAUAACUUCAAAACUCUUCACACCAUUGCUGCUUUUCUGCAGAUCUCUGCAAUCUAGCAUUGAAGCUGCAGAGGUCGUUUCAAUUGGUGUGAGUUUUCUGCUGUAACGCCAGUUGAACAUCAUCUGUACAUCAAGCCAGACUGCAGGUGAGAUAGAAAACAUCAGUAAAGAUUCCUUGGCUGAAUAGCAUUCUUUCCUUAUAUCAGCUGGCAAAGAACAGGCCUUAUUCUAGGGCUAUGUCUACACUAUUGCAGUAAGUCGACCUAUGCUACGCAACUCCAGCUACGUGAAUAAUGUAACUGUAGUCGACGUACCUAAGGUUGACUUACCGUGGGAUCUACACUGCAUCCUGUUGACUUACCUUACUCUUCUCGUCGGGGGUGGGAGGUAGAGUGCAGGGGUCGACUGGAGAGCGACCUGCCGUUGCUUUGGCGGGUCUUUACUAGACCCGCUAAAUGGACUGCCGGUGGGUCGAUCUCAGCAUAGAUCCCUGCCAUAGUGUAGACCUCCCCUAGGACUUGUAUGGGGAUGCCUGAGCUCACUGUCAAGAGUCCAGUUACCUUGCUUGGCAGAGGGGCAGUGUAAGGCCAGGAAUUCUGUUUUUCAAUAGGAGUAGCCAGGUGAUUUGAGUUGGGUUUUCACAGCUGCAGAAAAAGAAGGAAAAAUGAUUUUAAAAAUUAACUUGAAGUCUCCGUUACUGGGGUGGCCAGGAAGCCCAUGAGGGGGACGGACAGGGUUUGUACUGAAAUGAACCCACAGAAAGCCUCAGUGGGGGAUGUUGGAUAAUCCUAACUCAUGUGACUACAAGCCUAAUAAGGACUCGGGCUCUAUCAUUAAAACAUCAGUCAAUAUUUGAAAUGUAUGCCCCUGUUAGUGUAAUCUGUUAUGGACUCCCAGGUACUGGAGUUAUAUAUAGGGCUGUCAAAAUCCAGUGGCCAGAAGAUUGCCACCAUCACAUAAGUGUGCUGCUGCUGUGCAAACUUCUCUUAAGCAAUAAGUGUGAAAUGAGCUCAAGUGUUGUAUAUAAAUAUUUGUGAAAAUUUGAUGGCAGAUGUAAUGUGCAUUUGAACUAUCAAGUGGUUGAAAUAUUGUAUUCCAGAAGUUCACAAGGAAGACGGCUCUAAUUGUGUGUACAGUGAGCUCACAUGUGUGUGGGGGGGUAGAAGUUCCAAAAGUGGAUGUCUAAAUUAGGGUCCUACGUCCAUGUAGAGGCACCUAAAUAAGGGGCCUGAUUUUUCAAUAGAGCUGAGCUCCCAGCAGCUCUCAUUGAGUUCAUGAAGAAGCAAAAAAAAGGCACAAGUCCAAAUUUUAAAAAGUUCUUUUUAGGUCACCUUUUAUUUCCAUUUCACUGAUCGCAGUAGUAGCUAGAGAGUGAAGUGCAAAUUAAAAGCCAUCUGGCUAAUACCAGUCAGUCAAAUGAAAAUCAAAGGUGACUUUAAUUGAAAGUGAUGACUUUAAAAACUGGGUUUUUUCCUGAUGUAGAGGAAGUGGUCCUGAAACCUGUGGUGGGGUUUGGCUUUGUGCAUGUUUUUACCUUUACAAAUAGCAGGAAUGUCAGUUUGGUGUUGGAGGAUGUGUACUGUGAGCUCUCAUUCAUCGAAGAGGGAUGGUGGUUUGGACAAAGGCUAUGGCUACAGUAGAAAAAAGGUGGGGAGGUGGUAAGCCCAUGUUAGAUAACCUGUGUUAAAAUCCUAGUGCAGACAAAGCAAGUUGUAGCUUUACCACAUGUUAGCUGGUCAAAGUAACCCCCAGGUUACCCCCUAGAAUUUGCCUCACCAGAAUGUAUUAAAACCACACAUGCUUUGCCUGCACUCAGAUUUUAAUGUGUUAGCUAACCUGUUUCAACACUCUCAUUUUUCCCAGUGAAGACAAGGGCUAACAGAUGUCCUUUAUCAAGAAUGUUUAUCAGACAUGGAAGUAAAAUAGGUAUGAACUAAAAAAGAGUUUAAACUAAAACACUCCCCCCUCUCAGCUUUCACUCUUGGCUCUUGUGAUACCAAAAUUUGACUAGCUGGUUAGCCAGUUAAGACUGGGCUGGAAUGUAUAAAAUAACUUGGGGAAGGGGGGAUCUUAAAGGUCUUAGGCCUUUUGUACAUCAUAAAGAAGUGAAGAAAAGGCACAAGCCCUGAGGCAGUUGACAUUUUCUUCCUUUUCAGGUCACCAUUAAGAAUUAGUAAAAGUUCAGUAGCUGUGUUCCUAUCGGGAACUUGUUUGUAUAGGAUGUAUACAUAAAGGAGAAUAGCUGCGUAGGGUGAGUCCAGCUCGCUGGGGCAGUAGAACCCUUCUCCAAACAUGCUCUUGUAAGCAAGAUGUGUGCUGUGCUCCUAGGAGAGACUGCUAGAGCAAAACCGCUGGCAUAGUGUGAGCGAUCCAUCAUGCUGCAGUGACUCCAGGCAGCCUCCUCCCACCCUGGUUUGAUGGUCCCGGGAUGAGCCGUGCAAUCGGGUAACAGUAAUCAUGGGACUACUGUCGUUCAGGUGUGGGAAAGGCAGAGAGAGAGAGCUUACUUGCUGUCAGGAUGUGCAGCUUCACUGGGGUUACCUGCUGAGCAGCUAGGGACUGUCCUCUGUGCCCAUUAUUUUACAGUGGGAGGAAAACAGCACAGACUCCCCCGCUGUCUAGCUACCUGACAGAGCCAUCCCAGUGCAGUUAGCUGGGAUGAGAUUGGGAUAAUCUUAAUCCUUGACAGCCCCAAUGUUUAUGGGACAGAUCAACUGCACGAACAUAGCUCCCCUCCUCCCCACAAAUGAAGAACCGCUCCCCCUUGUUAUACAGCAGUGGCCCAGUACUGCAUUUACAGUGGCACUGUAUGGCAGUGUUCUGGACCAUUUCUGUAUCAGUCUGUAGUCCUGUCAUUGAUAGGUACUGGGUGAUGACUAGCUCAAUAGUUUACGUUCUCACUGCACAGAUUCCCUGUCUUGGAAAGAUGACCUCUUGAUAUUAUUUGAUGGUAUUGUCAAACUUCAGUCUAUCAGCCCAUCUCACCGUGAACAUUACCGUUGACUUUGUCCUGUUUUCAAGUUUGGGCUCCUUAGAUUUCUUGAGUCUAGGAGGAAAUAAAAGUUGGAACAUACAUUGCAGUGUAUGUAAUGCCCUGCCACCCUAGAGCACCUGCUUGCUGCCUUUGGGACAAAUUCUGCCACUGUAGAGCCACAGUUAACUCUGGACAUCAGAAUGGGGAGCCCCGCAUUUCCAGUCAAAUCUGCACCAACCAGCUUCCUUUUGUUUUAAGCAACCAAUUUAAUGUAUUCACGUGUAGAGUUUCAGGUACAUAUUUGUUUGACCUUGAGGUUGGUUAUAAUAGACCUCCAGUUGAUGAUCUCUUGCAUCAAUCAAAAGUCUUAAACUAAGGCUAUAGCUACAUUGGCACUUUACAGCGCUGCAACGUUCUCGCUUAGGGGUGUGAAAAAGACCCCCCUGAGCACAGCAAGUUACAGCGCUGUAAAGCACCAGUGUAAACAGUGCCCCAGUGCUGUAGACUAAUCCCCUCGGGGAGGUGGAGUACCUGCAGCGCUGGGAGAGCUCUCUCCCAUCGCUGGCAUGCGACCGCACUCGCACUUCAAAGCGCUGCCGCGGGAGUGCUCCCACAGCACCGCUUUGGAGUUUAGAGUUUAGCCACGGCCUAAGGGGUUUCACUAUAUUCCAAACUAACUGAAUUCUGUUUAGUGAUGAUCUGAUUAUUCACACAAUACCUGUUUAACUUUUCUCACCCUUUUUAAAGAUGAUUAUCAGGUUGCCAAAUUGCUGACUGGUUUGCCAUAUUCUUCAAAAGGCCUUUUCUCAGAAUUCUGCAAGGUUCAUUAACUGACAAUAAUACUGGGGGGAGGGGAGGAGGCAUUUAUUACAGCAGAAGAACAGUGUGUAACCUAUUUCCCCAUCCUUUAUACCCUACUUAUAUUUGAAAUAUAAAAUAUUUUUCUAUCUUCCAUGGUGGUAGUAAUUGCCGAGAGAAAACAGCAGAAAGGUAACUGGUUUCUAAAAUACUGGGUGCUCGCACUAAGGAAAUGUAUUUUGUCCAACUACCAAAAUGUCUUUCUGUAAGGGACUUGUUUUUGAUUGAAGAGUUAGAACAUUGUAUACUUGUGUGUAAUUUUAAGUUAAGAUCAUGAACUUUUUAAAAGAAAUUGCAAAAAUUACAUUUUCUAACUUAAGUCCUAUAAAAGUUUAUUUGAAAAGGCCUUGCUUGUUAAUGAGCUCUGGAAAGAGAUGGGUGCUGCUUUUCAAGAUGAUGCAUACCACCCUACAGAAUGUGAUGGGUGCCUAGUCUGAUGCAUUGUAUCCUUUUGUGUCAGUCAUGAGAAGGAUUUCAGACAUGGGCUCUCUGAAUCAGGGCCUCAUGGAACUGGAAUCCUGGAAGUUUUCAGUUUGUCUGUGGCUUGUCUCAUACAGGAUAGGGGGAAAUCCCCAUUUUAAAAUUCAUUGUGAUUGUGCUACAACUGUAAUGUGCUCCCAGUCCAUUUCAGAGGCUGACCACAACAGUCAAACAAUGAGGAAAAUGCUGAUGCUGUCUAAGAAACCAGCUUCAUUAAGGAGGUCAAACUUCUGUAUCACAUUGUAAUCAAGCCCCUUCAGGACUGCAUGCGUGUGUAUGGUCAAUGCAUUUCUUGUUCUCUAAGCAUUGUUCUCUGCUAAGAGGAAAACACUGUGCAAUAAGUCAGAGUUGUUAAUAAUGUUCCAUUAUCAAUGUCAGCUAAAAUAGUCUGUGAAAAACCAUAACGUUGAAAGGAUCUGUAACGAUCACUGUAGCAUACAUAAAGAGCUCCUGAAGUUACAUCAUAUAGAUCUUUAGUUUGUGUUUUCAAAUUACUAUCAUGAUGUGUGUGUAUGUAUGUGUCUCACAGGAUUUGUGAGCCGUGCAUGGUUCUCUGACAUUUGUAUUCAACUCUGUCCUGAAUAACAAUUAAAGAGAGAGAAUCUUA